AUGACUUCCAGCUCAGCACGGCCGCAUGCUGCAGUGGUGAAUAGAGCGAUUCCGAAACCAGUCAUGACAUUAGAGGGUCAUGAACGUUCUAAACCAUUCACUCAGGACGAUAGCGAGGAAGACAAUAUCGAGGAAGACGUAGCAUUCCAUGUUUCAUCCAUCGGUUACUUUCCGGAUGGCGAACACAUGAUCAGCGGAUCUUGGGAUAAGACCCAAGUAUUUGCGGUGGCGGUAUCAAGAAAUGGCCGAUGGUUUGUCAUUACCAGUGGAGAUGAGCUCAAGGCCUGUGGUGUUGGGACAGGGGUUGUGGCGACGUUUCAUCCGAUCGCCUACAUCGAUAUCUCGGCGGACAGCACGCUACUGGCGGGUGUGUCAAGGGAGACUACUAUUCGAAUAUGGAGCUUGGUCACUGGCAAACUCGUGGCUGGUCCAUUCGAAAUUAUUAAUGCUGGUUUGGUAGGCGCAGUUCGAUUGUCCCAAGACUCAAAGAAGCUCGCCGUUAUGUCACCUGUGGGGAGGAGCAUUGAGGCAUGGGAUGUCCAGACACAGAAAUUUAAAUUCGAGGACCAUGAGACUGCCAGGAUAAUAACAUAUGCGCCAGUGUUCUGGACAACGAAAGACGAAACCAUCGUAGCCGCAUUUAACUUCAAGGACGAGACUGCCCAUGACGAGCGAUCUAUGAAUUCAACGUUUCGACGCUGGAGACUGUCGAUGUUCCCUUCGACGGGCACACUAACACCAUCUAUGGUUUAGCACUGUCAUUUGAUUGUGCUCUCCUCGCUAGUGCUUCUUUGGACUCCACCAUCAAGCUCUGGGCCUUCAAGUCCCGCCAGCUCCUCGCCUCAUCUGACCUUCAUGAUCCCUGGUGCGUUGUCCUCUCACCCGACUAAAUCUCCCGUGUAUCCCAGGACUUUGGGCCGGCGGAUGACACGUCGGUGACGUGGCCGGGCGAUGGUUCAGACGUUCGAACGGUAUGAGGUUCGGGUCGUCUGAGCAGAUGAAAC